AUGGGAAGGCUCAGUCAGUUCAUCGAUUAUCCCACUGAUAUUGAUAUGCAAGCAGCUUAUCGUGUCUUAAAAUAUUUGAAAGGUUGUUCCGCUGUUGGCCUUCUCUUCUUGGCAGAUAAUGAUCUUACUCUUACCGGAUUCUCAGAUGCAGAUUGGGCAACAUGUGCUGAAUUUCACAGGUCAAUCACUGGUCACUGCUUUUAUCUUGGUAAGUCACUGAUUAGUUGGAAGAGCAAGAAGCAGAGCACAGUCGCACGAUCCUCCUCUGAAGCCGAGUAUCGGGUAUUGGCACUUGCAACUUGCCAAGCACAGUGGCUCUCCUACAUCAUGAAGGAUAUUGGACUCCCCAUCACGAAACCAAUUACACUCUUUUGUGAUAACAGAUUUGCCAUUCACAUCGCCACCAACCCAAUUUUCCAUGAAUGA